GCGUGUGGUUGACUUGACAACAAACUGCGGAUCCACUCAUUAAUCACUGUGACAGUAUUAGUAUUGGGCUUCCAACUUGAAGAAACUUUGAUGAGAGGAGGUUGGAUGCAAUGGAUGUCUUACCCCCUGUGUCUUCCAAUCCCCUGGCAAAUGAUCCAACUCCAAACAUGCACAUAUCACUGCUAGGGGAUGCAGAAAAUGGAGAUGGUGCACAGAAUGUGGUAGAGGAGGAGAAAGAGGAGAGGGGAGGCUCCGGAUUCCAGCUUGGAGACAUCCUGUUGUCUGGGAGGAGCCAGAGUGGAUCGGGAGGAGAAGGGGAUGGAGUGGCGGUGCUGUCUGACUGGCAUGCAUUCCGAGGGAGGGGUAUUGAGAGCGAUAGUACCAUGGAGUUUAACAGACAAGUGGAUCAUUUCAAUAUCUGGCUGGACAAGUGGAACCACAGCCAGCGGUGUCAGAUACUAGAAGGCAUCUUACAGCGGAGUAAUUACACCCAAUAUAACUUCUUAUGGACCACCCUCCAACCAGCCCUUCACAGGGACUUCAUGUACACUGCCAGACAACAUUACCCUGAGUAUGAAUUUGAGCCUAUUAGCAGUCAUACAAGCAGGGAGACCAGGGCUAAGAGAGCAGUCAGGAACUAUUACCACGCUCACAGUGCACAUUUACAAAGGAAGACUGAUGUGAAGAGAUUAAACACCCAGCACAUCCUUCCUGUUAUCAAGUCUGCGCCUUCGGAAGUUCCUAAGGAAGUUUCAUUUAAGUCUGGCUGGGACAGACUUAGACCAACCAACAGCAUGCCUCUAGUCAAGCUGCCCACGGUCACACAUUCUAAAACCUUUGACCAUCCUCUUAGUAAAUCAGCACCAAACUCUCCAAUGAGGGAUGAUCAACCAAUCAGGAGACAUAUGCAGGACCAUGAUGGCCAUUCCAUUCCAAAGAAAAGGGUAACAAGAAAUGAGCGGAAAAGGAGGGGCUAUAAUCCUGUUGAUGACAAGAAUGUUCCGUUGUUAACCAAAGCAUUGACCGAUGUCCAGUUGACUUGGAAUAGGCCGACCAUGUCUGGUAAAGGGGUUGAUAGAUUACCUCCCAUUGAACCUGUCCCUGUGGAAUCCUGGCAACUCUUUCAUUGGUAUCAAGAAUGCUGGAAUGACGUCCAGAGGAAUGAGUUCCUUCACAAACUCUUGAAGAAGUUGGAUCAGCGUCAGUUGUAUUUCUUAUCUACUCACUCUGCACUGAAACAAUCACGAGAUUUUAUCUCGCUGCUCCCUUUACCGCUGGCGCUAAGGAUCCUGGGAUACCUGACUCCAAGAUGGCUGCUAGUGGCUGCCCAGGUCUGUAAGACGUGGAACCGUCGGGCCAGUCAUGAUCAAAUAUGGAAGGAGAAGUGUUCUAAGGUUGCCAUAGAAAUCCCGCUGCCAGAGACACCAUUCCAGUGGAAGAAGAUCUACAGAGAUAAUGUAUUUCUAAGAUGGAACUGGGAUGAAGGCAAAACCAAAUCUGUAGAUGUCAGAGGUCAUUCUUCAAAAGUACAUUGUGUGACGUUUGAUGGAGAGCAUCGUAUUGCCAGUGGGAGUGCGGAUAAGACUGUCAAGCUUUGGGAUAUCAGAACCGGUGCUUGCAUCCAAACACUCAAAGGACAUCAGAAAGGAGUAUGGUGUCUUAGAUUCUUCACUGAGCAUCUUCUCAUCAGUGCAUCCUACGAUGCAACCAUUAAAGUCUGGAAUCUCAGGAAGGGGGCAUGUGCUCGCACCCUUCUAGGUCACGAAGGAGCGGUCUGGGCGAUGGCUUUGAAGAAGAAUUACCUAGCAACCGCAUCACAGGAUAGAACGGUCAAACUAUGGGACCUUAGCACCUGUGUCUUGAAACAUACCAUGAUGGGGCAUGGGCAAGCAGUGUUCUGUGUUGAUAUGGAUGAAGAAUGUACUAUGGUGAUAUCAGGAUCAGCUGAUAAGAGUGUAAGAAUCUGGAGCGUUGAGACAGGCCGUCACACGAGGGUGAUCCGAAUCAGCCAGACGACAUCUGUUAUGGCCCUCAGCUAUCAUGACGGAUACUUUGCCUGCUCGGUAGGAGAGGUUGUAUCUCUAUGGCGGCUGGAUACUGCCACAUGUAUUAAGACGUUUGAGGAACACGAGAAAAGAGUUGAGACUCUAAAUCUCCAAAUCAGUAAGACCACCUACCCUGAUACACCUCAAGGUUUACUGGUCAGUGCUGGUCAAGAUGGGAUGGUCAAGUACUGGGAUCUAGAAAAGGAUAGUAGCUGGCACUCGAUGAAGUCUAGGAAAGGAAGCCACAUCAGUAACAUCUUCUGUGAUAAGACCAAGAUCAUUGCAGCAUGCUCCGACUACAGGAUCAGAAUAUGGAACUUCCACUCCAGAUAGGUCUAAAAGGUCGUGAGUGUACAGGCUCAGUCACACCGAACCUGGUGUAUUGAUCCAGAAUGAGUUUGGUGUGCAGGGUAAGGUCUUUAAAGGUAAUUUCUAUUAUAAGCAUCCGUCCACAAACUAAAUGCUUUAUAUCAUCAGUUAAAAAAGACAGUGCAAUAUAUUGCAAACUAUUGUAUAAUCUUAAAUUUAUAUAUUUUCAUAGAUUAUAAGAGCAGUGAUUUGAUGUUUCUCAAAGAAAAUUAUUUGUAUAGUAUCAUGUUUACACAAAAUUGAUACUGAUGUAGAAUUGACUUCCAUAAAGUGUAUAGGCUUCUACCAAAAUAAUGCAGUCUUUACUUCCAUAUUGUUAGCAUAUUCUUACUGAAUUGUAGAUACAACUUCCAUCAUGAUAUAUUUUCUAAUGUUAUUUUAUGGAUGACUUUUAUUAUCAUUACAUGUAUUGUUGGUAUAUCCUUCUCUUCCAUUCUAUAAGAACAUGAUUGUGUCUAGAUUUUUAUGCAAGUUUUUCAGUAAUCGUCAUAAGGUACCUUAACAAAAAUCAGAGCCGUGUCUUUGGAGCGUAAAUCCCAAAAGCGGCCUGUCAUUAAUACCCAUUCUCAAACGUCAUCAUGUAGACCAAACAAUGGGGAAUGCAGGAAAGCUGCUAUGAAGAUAUGCAUAGUGCCAGCUAGUAUAGUGGAAUUCUUGUUUAAAGACGCGACACAGACAAGGUACUAAAGCGGUGAAAUAUAGUGAUGGUUCCAUUUCUUGCUAUUGUGUGUUGAACAUCUGGGAAGUUUUCAUUUCUGUGUGCAGGUAUCUCUGCCUAGGUCAAACCUAUUUGGAAUACGUACAGGAACCGAUUUGACUUAGAAGGGGUAUAUCACAAAUGUUUUGCAUUAGUAGUCAGGUCCUUGUUGCAUAAAAGUUAUUAUUAUAGUAACUUUACCGUCCAAUUGUAAUUACCAUGGUAACAAUGCUAAUCAGCCAAUCAGAAUCAAGGGUUUCAGGGAAUUAAGAUACCAAUCUGUGGCAAAGUUACUCUAAUAGUAACCUUUAUGUCACAAGUCCCUGGUCUAAAAAUUUGUGUUAACUUAGGCGAGUAUUCAACUUGUAGGAGUUUGCCGACUUAUGUAAAUAAACCUGUAUUGCCAGCAUUGCAUUUGCAAACACAACUGGAAUCUAAGAUCUAAAUAUAAGAUGAGAACAUGUUGAAUUUGUCAAGAAUCACACAAAUAUCUGUAUGCCAAAAUGUUAGCAUGUACAGUGUUUCAAACCCCAGAGUAUUGCUACAAUAUUGCUUCGUAACUAUUGUUGAAAUUGCUAUUUAUUGUAAUUGUGAUAAUCUAUAUCAUACAUUAAUAUCUAUUUUUGUAUAUUAGUUUUAUAUGGUGUCAAAUACAUAUAUAAAGCUUGUCAUAAUAUUGAAUGCAAAUGUGAUAGACAAAA